UACUUUGAACAUUUUCCCCAUUCAAAUGGCAGAACACUGCUGUAUAUUUUAUGUAAGGCAACAAAAUAAACAGCACUGAAACAUGGGUAGUUUUACAAAUCAAUGGGUCUUCAGCCUAAAUUACAACUGACACGUGAAUGGGCUGAUUUACCAUCCCCGUUGGAGGGCUUGCUAAUAGCGCCAUAAACACGUCGACUUCAUAGCAAAUUUCUGGUGAUGGAUUCAAAAUACAGCAUCAACAUUUCUCAGCGCACAGAGAUAACAGACUUGUCAAGGUGGUUGCAGAAGAUUUAUUUAUUUUCAUGGGAAGCCAGAGACAUUUUGAUAUCCUUUGAAAGCUGGAAUUCCAAUACUAUAAAAGAAGUUUCCUUUUUUGAGCACAUUCAACUCGCAAAACCUCCUCAAAUGUGGGCAGCAUGGAUUAAAAUAGAGCUGGAAUACAUACAGGACUUCAAGAACACAUUUCCUGCCAGACACAUUUUUGAGUAAGCAGCUAGGCUAAUUCCUGAGAAGUAACCAGCACCCGAGCCAUCAGGACUGAAACAGCUAUUUCAGGAUGUGGGCAGAGAUGAGGAAAUCUAGAUACUAGUAAGACUUUUUCUGAAGUGACUUGUCCAUUGAGAAAUGUUUUACUUUGCUGUGUCUACCAAAGGCUGGUGGGUUAUCAUUGUUUCAUCAAUUUAAAAGCUGAGGGUUCAUUUAUAUGACCACACAUUGAAAUAUGGAGAACAAAGUGCUCUCGUUUUUCAAUGACUUGUGGAACAUCGCCAGCACCAAGCACAAAGAAGGGCUUUACAACACGGUCUGCCUGGUGGUCUUGCUGGCCCUACCUUUAGUGGUGCUCGUGACCUCCCUGGUGGUGUGCUUUCACUGCUGCUGCUGCCAACGGCGGCCCUGCUGCUCCUGCUGUGGCAGACAUGAUGGACCACCGCAUACAAAGAUGGAGAAGAAAAAGAAAAAGAACAAAAAUCGUAAAUCAGACGACCUUUGGAUUUCCGUCAAACCAGGGCCGAUGACGCCAGACAGGAUGGCAUUGACAAUGGCCUAGCAAUUGCAAACCUUGUAUGGACCCAUGUGGACCUAAGAUUUCUUUUUAUUUAAAAAAGCUUUUAAUGGGCAAGUACAGUCACACUUUUGCCACCUCACUUAUUGCACUCUAAGUGGAGACUUGCGCUUUGUUUCAAUGGGAAUACCCUAGCUAGCUCCUGCCCUGUUGCAAUUUACUUAUUCCUUAAAUUCAGUAUCACAUUCAGGAGAUUAUCACAUUGUAUUGUAAGAACAUGUAAUUGAUGUGUGGUGAAGUUUCCUAGACCAUAGGCCACCACAAAGGGCAGCACUCUGGAAUCCCCUGAGGCAUUCCUCAAGGUUAGGUUUCUGGAACAAAAGGUACAAAAAAUGUGUGCUUGUGUGGGUAUGUGCAUGUAGGGGGUCCCCAAUGAUGAUUGGUCCUCAUUUAAAAUAAAAAAAAAAUAAUUAAAAGUUUUAUUUUACUACUAGGCCAACAGUAUUAAUUGUUUGAUCCAAACCCUUAUAAUAAGCUCCCUGUGGCAGCUCUAUUGGAUUUAAAGAGAUCACUGUUGAGCCUCAAUGGCCUAAUAAUAAUAUCAGUUUUAUCACUGGGUGUAGGGUAUUAGCAUUGACUUUCCAGUAAUAUAAAUUAUCCGUCACAAGGGUUCAUGCCAUUGUUUCAGCUGAAAUAAAUGUUCAAUUAAAUUUGAAUUAUGUCUGAGACUUUGUCUGUGCCCUUCAGAGGCUGAGCAUAUUUCUCAGUAGCGUUUGGUCUAGAUUUCAAUUUUGAGUUAGUAAAAAAAAAGGCUUGAUUAACCGAGGCAAUUUCUACCUACCUUUUUGGGCAAAUGUUUAUGGAACUAAAGGAAUAUGGAACAAUACUUAUUGGCUCAAUGAAAAUCCAAGAUGACUGCGGGACAGUUUUAAAAGGCUUUCUUUUUUCAUCCAUGUAUGGGACAGUAUCACUACAGAUCCAAAGUGAAACUGUUCUUGUUCUGUUUGUCUGUCUAGUACUUUUUUUUAGUUUUUCAACCCUGCAAGCAGAAUGAGAUCUCUUUAAAUACAAAUCUCCUUGUUUAUAAAUGUUAUUUAUGGACUGUAUCUCCUAUUGCACGAGCAUUAGAUUUCUAUUCUGAUAGACAGUAUUUUAGUUGUUCUAAUUACUGUGAGAGUUUAAAGCCAUAUAAUGUAUUUUUCUACAAAUGCAUUGAAUUUUGUUCGAAAGUAAACUAUUGCAAUAUUUUAAUAAAUUGUUUGAAAAGAGUGUAUAUGAAAAUUCAUUUUAUGUAAAGCAACUACUGUAUCAUUUUUGUGUUAAAGGUUUAAGUCAUAGUUGAAGGAAAUGCAGCAAUCACUUCAUUUCUCAUCUUUAUUUCCAAAACGUGAACCUACUCCCUUUUCUGGAGGUGGGGUUGUUAAUACACUGUACAUUUCUUUUAGUAGACUCUGUGGCCUCCACUUGUUCAGUACACAGUCCAGACAUGUUGUGCAAACUUUUCAGCACACAGUUUAUCAAUUAAAGAUGGAGUCUCCUACACUUCUAUGAAUGCUUCACGGGUGCUUAAUACCCAGGCCAUGACUGAUUAUGCAGGAGAUAAUAUAAUAUUUGAACCUACCCCAGCACAAAGCUUAAGUGAAAGAUGUAAAAUGGAAUAAUGUCAUGUCGACCAUUUAACUAUAAUCUACAAACACAGCAGAAUUUUUUUUUUAAAUUAAAUCUGUUCAAUUCAAAGAAAUCUAAGCAAUUUCUUUUCAAAAUGACAUAGUCACUAAGAACCAGGAAACUGUUUCUUUUUCUUUUUUUUUUAUUGAGACCCAUGAAAUGUUUACAGCAUCAUUUUUGAACAAGCAAUUUAUUUUUAUACAGAAUGCAUCCUAGCAUUAUUCCACCCUAAAAGUAUAUUCCUGCAAUAUUGUCUGAGGUACUGUACUAUAAAUAGAAAACUAAUUAGACAAAAGACUGAUAUAUUGGAGUACUUUUGAAAUUUGCUUUAAUAUUCUGUUGUGUUCAUUGUGUCUAUUCACUUUUAAAGUUUACAUUUUUUUCUUUAUAGUCUUUUUAGUCAGUACAAUCUAGUGGAUAUUAAUUAAGUUAAUUAAUUAAAGUUAUCUGAACUUUGGGGUAAGAAAACAAUAGUAAAAUCAUUUCGGAGCGCCCAAUUUGAUUAUAAAGUUAUUUUUUAAUAGUAAUAAAUGAAUGUUUGAACAUAAGAACAUAAGAAAGUUUACAAAUGAGAGGAGGCGAUUCAGCCCAUCUUGCUCAUUGGUUUGCCGGUUCUGCUAAUUCGUACAAAAAAUACUGAACAUGCAAAUGUAUAAAACUAUGGUUAUGUAAACUUAAAAAAAAAAAAAGCUAUUUGAAAAAAUUAAAUA